GGUGCAGGUGCUGCACAAACAGAAGACAGCAUCGAGCUCGACCUGCAAACAUACAUUUUCCAGUUUAAUAAGGAGAUUGUCAGUACAAGGUGCAGUCAGACAGUUUUAGAUCUUAUCUGGUUUAUUUUUUUUAAUCGCUGAGAUGACUUUAUGCAGCUUGAACAUCUUUCUCAUCGUCACGGUUUGUCUUGGUGUCAUCUUCAACCCAAGUCAUGGUUUCAAGGUGAUCCAACCAGUGAAUCAGACUGUGAACCCAGGUCAGUGGGCAUCGAUCAGCUGUGAACACGACCAACAAGACAAAUUUGUUGUUGAAGACGUUCGACUCUACAGCAUAUUACUAAGGGGAAAACCUUCGAUGCUCUGCCAGAAAGAGCAGAAAGACUGCAAGAACAUCAUCAUGUAUCGUGAGAACGACAAAAAGUUCACCUUCAUCCUACUCAACAUCGGACCAGAGGAGAUGAAGAUGACCUAUCAGUGUGAGAUGACGUUGAAAAUAGGUGAUAUAGAUUAUAUGGAAAAAGGAACACCGACCAGACUACUGCCAGGUCGAAAGGAAACUGAGGAGCCACACAGGCCUCCCACCAACCCUUACCCCGACCCUCCCCUCCCCCCUCAGCCUGGGUCUGAUCUGGUCCGGUGGAUUCUGAUUGGUCUGCUGACCCUGACGUUGCUGUACAGCUGUAUCAUCACGUCCCUCUACAUCAGACUCAUGAAAAGCGACGACAGAGAGGAGUGUGAGAACUCCACCUAUGUGGAAAUGAGGAAGGCUCCUCGUCAAAGACAUGCAGAUUUCAGUGCUUACAGCGGGUAGACCGAUGAUCCAUCCCAACACUGCAGCCACGAUCAAUGUGAACAAAGAGUGGAUGCUCAGGAUUUACCUUUUCACCACGUCUCCUACAACAUUUAAAGACCAUGAGAUAUUUAAAAUGUACUACUGAAGAUAGACAGCAGAGGGAGACAAAGACUGCCUAAAGAGACCACACUGCCCUCUGCUGCACAGCUGUUCAUCUAUGGAGGAAAAUCCAACAUGAUAGAAUAAAUGUAGCAUCGUUCAAAAAGAGUGAACAGAGGAGCAAAUAGUUGGAGAUCCAUUCAGCAUGGUCAAACAUCUUUCUACAGAUGAUGAGCAGAGUAGAGAGGAAAAGUCUUCAGAGGAAACUUGGAGAUAUUUAUGUCCAAAGUUUGUCAACAAUUGUCAAAAAGGAUAAAUUUGUUCAAAAUCAUCAAAAAGACUGCUCGAGAUUGCAGAAAAUUCGUCAAAAACGACUUGAAAAUCAGAUACACUGCUCCAACAUGAUUAGAAAUGAUUUAAAAUGAGUCCAAAGUUGUUCAAAAUGACUCAGAAAUGGUGCAAAGGGACCAGAAGAAAACCAAAGCUACUGGAUGAAUAAAAAAAAGUCAGCAUGGCUCAGAAACAGAGAACAGAGGAUCUCGUAGUUGGAGAUCUAUCCAGCAUGGUGAAACAUCUUUCUACUGAUGAUGAGCAGAGGAGAAGUCUGGAGAUAUUGGAAUCAUGGAAAGAGAUAAACAUCUGUACUGUGAGGAGACCAACAUCUGUUCUGGUUUUGAUAACACCUGUGGACACCAGCAGGACUCAGCACUGGACUUAAAGACGUCCAAAAGGGUCAAGAAAUGUCCAAAAUGACUCAAACGUGGUCAUUUCAAACUAAAUGUAUGUCAUUUUAGACAUUUUCAAGUGAUUUUGGACAUUUAUCAUGUUUUUUUUGGAUACUUCUUUUAAAAAUUAUAUUAUUUAGGGCAAGUUUUAAAUAGUUUUGAACAAUUUUAUAGACUGGAUCAAUGCAGUAAAUGUAGCACGGUUCAAAAACAGUAUAUAAAGGUGAUACAAAGUUGUUUGACAUAAAUUCAGCAUGGUGGAUCGUCUUUCUACAGCUGAUGAGCAGAGCAGAGAGGAAAACACAGUUAAUAGAGGCUGUAAACAUGUAAAUAGUCAGAAAGAUAAAGUAUGUAGCAUCACCAUUACUACCCAGUGUUGGUCACACCUGUGGACUCUUGGAAACAUGUUGCAUGUGUUAAGUCCAGGUUUUUCAAUUUGUGAAAUAAAUAUUUAAAGACA